AUGUUGAAUGGAACCUCAAUUGAUUUCUUCUCUAAGGGGCAGUCAACUGUUGAGACUGCUACUUAUGGCUCUGAGUCUGUAGCCACUCAAACCUGUGCCAAACAGAUCAUGGAUCUCCAACAAACCUUGAGGUACCUUGGUGUGCCGAUCAGAGGUCAAAGCUACAUGUUUGGUGACAAUGAAUCUGUCAUGAACAGUUCUUCCCUACCUGAAGCUAAGCUACACAAUCAAGAUGUUGCAUUGUCAUUCCACCAUGUGAGAGAAGCAGUAGCAGCUAACAUGCUAUCUUUUAUCCACAUUGACAGUGCUCUCAACCCAGCUGAUAUUCUCAGCAAACAUUGGGGUCAUCAGCAAAUCUGGACACUACUACCGACUCUAAUGUUCUGGUAUGGAGAUACUGCUGAUCAAGAGGACUAG